AGGAGGGGAGGAGCAACAGGACAGGAGAAAAGACAGACUGACAGUAGAAGAGAAGAUCGGGCCCGGGUCCUCAAUCGGCCUUCCCCCUUUUCUGAACCCAGCAGGCUACGAAAGAGUCAGCAUGGCUGUCCUGUGACGUACACACACACACAUGCAAACCACACACACACACAAAGUGACGCAUCGGGGGGGAAGAAUGCGCUGGCCCGUGGCAAUGCGGUUUGCCCCUCUGACACCCAUUUGAACUCCAUUGAUCUGUUUUGACAGAUGUGCGAAGUACUCCAUAUGCAAUAAAGGCUGUCAGAUGAACUGAAGGCAUCCAGCGAGGGGUCUCAUGCGGGGCUUCAGGACGAGGACCCCCGGCCGUCCGACACAUCUCCUGCCAAAAAAUGUCAGAGGCAACACGUCAUCCCGCCGGCUCCAGAAAGCAACGGAGGAAGAGUGACGGGUCUGAGUGAACUGGUGCGCUUAUGUGUUGACACGCACCGUGAGCUGCGUGAUGGAGGACGGGGUGGAGACGUACAUCAAACCGGACUAUCAGCGCUGCACCUGGGGCCAAUGUCCUCGAGUCGCCUACCGGACAUACAGGAGGCCGAGGUAUAAGGUAGCUUACAAGAUGGUGACGGAAAUGGAGUGGAAGUGCUGCCACGGUUACUCCGGGGAAGACUGCCACGAUGGGCCGAAGGGAACCGGCGACACCCAGGUCGGUGGAGGGCGAUCCCGCGUCACACAGAUGGGCUUCAACACGGGUGGCGGGCAGAGAGGAGAGGGCAGAGACGGCGACGGGGAGAAGAUCAGACAGCUGGAGGAAACGAUCCGAGGUCUGACCAAAGACCUCCACAACAUGCAGACCACCAUCCACGGCAUGAACCAGCGGCUGCCUGGUCUGAACGGGGCUAUUGUCCCUGCUGAUUCAGCUCAGCCACACAUGAAGGAAACCAUUAACAGCAUCCAGACUAAGCUGGACCAUCUCUACAACCGGACACAGGUCCAUGACCAGACUCUGCUCAACAUCAACAACCACCUGGUGAACGGAGGGGGCAACGAGCUGGACGGAGUGGCCGGAGGAGAAGGAGGAGGAGGAGAAGGGGGAGGAGGAGGAGGCGGAGGAGGCGCAGGAGGAGGAGCAGGGGGAAACCAGCUCACCACCCUGAAGGAGGAGAUCCUGACGGAGCUAGAGAGAAGGGUGUCUCUGUCCUGCUCUUCAUGCCAGGCUGGCGUGGAGGACCUGAGGCGCCAGCAGCAAGAGGACAGGGAGCGCGUCCAGGGUCUGGAGAAGCUGAUCAGCUCCAUGGACCAGCACCUGAGGCAGAGCCUGGACAUCUCCCACAGUGAAACCCUGCGCUCCCAGGCCUGCUGCAACACUGUCACCGAGCUGGAGAAGAGGCUGUCCACUCUGGAGCUCCGAGUCACCUCCACGGCCAACAAGUGCGACGCCGUUAAAGGCCGGCUGGACAAGGAGCUGGCAGGGACGGGCGGUGGGAAGGGACGAGUGACGGAGGACAGGUUGAAUGGCAGGCUGAGAGAACUGGAGAAGAGGGUGAAUAGCACGGUGAGGAAGACGGAGCAGAGGUGCACCAACACGGGGAACAACGUGAAGGACAACGUCCAGAGGGACGUCACGCAGCUGCGCAUCAUGGUCCUCAGCCGGCUCGAUGACCACGGCUUCAAGAUCGGCAAGCUGGAGCUGGACGUGGCCGUCCUCGGAGAUACGGUCAGGGACCACAGCCGGCGUUUAAGUCACCUGGAGAACAUCACGGCCUUCCUGGACAGAAGGCUAACAUCCACCACGAACAUGUGCAAUGAGACCUGUGGGCCUAACGGGAAAGGCCGCAAGACUGAUGACACUGUGAAAACCUUAGAGUGGAGAGUCGUGGAUAACCAAGAGGACAUCCAGAAGUUUAACACCAGGCUAAACGACCUGUCCGUGUCAGGGGACUCGCUGAUCGACAGAGUCAUCAACUUAACGGACGACGUCAAAAAGAUAAUAGCUGUGACGGGGGAGAGCGGCGAGCAUUUCAACCGGAUCGUCACAGAGGUCGAAACGUUGGGCCGCGAUCUGGAGGACUGUUCCAUUUGCGGCAGCGUGGAGGAGGACCUGCUCUUGCUCGCCAACUCCACCAAGACCGGCCUAGGCAAGUGCCAGGCAGAACUGACAGAUCUGCGGAGAAAGGUGGACUCGGGAGAGUCGGCCUGCUCUCAGGUGUGCUCCAACCUUCAGGAGGAGGUCGGGCGACUCAGAGAGGAAGUGGAGGAGUGCACGGGACAGUGUAAGGUCGACAUGAACGAUCUGAAGAAACGCCUGGACGGUCACGGCGUCCAUAGCGGUAGAUUAGGGGGGGAUCUGAAGUCCAUCCAAGGACAGCUGGCCGGGGUCAUUGUCACAUUUAGCUCCAUCAAUGACACCCUGAAUGGCCUGGGGAGGACUGUGCAGACACAUGGAAACACGCUGACCGAUCUGAGCAACGCCAAGGACAACAUCAUCUCUGACGUGGACAUCUUGCAGAAGGAGCUGACGGAUCACGUCGACGACUCCAAGAUUCAGUUCGACAACGUGGGCCAAGAGAUCCAAAUAAUGAGGAGCAACUAUGUGACGGAGGUCGGGGAGUGCCGGCGGUCCGGCGACGGCCUGGAGAGAAGACUCUCCAAGCUGGAGGGAGUGUGCGGACGCCUGGACUCCUUUUCAGACGGCCUGGAGAGGAUCAGGGAGGGCCUGAACCGACACGUGUCUGGGCUGUGGAGCUGCGUUAAUGGACUCAAUGUCACGGUGACGUCUCACAGAGAUCUCAUCGACGACAUCCAGAACGUCCAGCUGGAAAACGUCCACUCCGACAUACACGGACUGAACUCGUCGGUGGUGGACCUAGUGGAGGAGUUCCACCGUUUCAUAGAGCAGGACUUCAUGGGUCCACCUGGUCUACCGGGCCCCCGUGGAGAGAGAGGCGAGCAUGGAACCCAGGGUUCUCUAGGACUCCAAGGGAGGGUGGGACCCCAGGGCAGAGAGGGCAAGCAGGGACUAGCUGGACCCCCAGGUCUAAGAGGCGAACAGGGUCCUGCAGGGUCCGAUGCCCACGUGCCUCGCCUUUCUUUCUCCGCCGCGCUGACCCGCCCGAUGAGAAGCGCAGGAACCAUUGUGUUCAACGAGAUCUUCGUCAACGAAAAUAGGGUCUACAAUCCCAAAACAGGCUAUUUCACAGCUCCAGUGAGUGGGACGUACUUCUUCAGCGGCAUCCUGACGGGCCAUAAGAACAUGAAGAUCGAGGCAGUGUUGUCCAAGUCCAACACCGGCGUGGCCCGAGUGGACUCGGCUGGGUACCAGCCCGAAGGCCUGGAGAAACCCAUGGCGGAGGCCAAGCACAUCCCCGGAGCUGUGGCCGUCUUCAACAUCAUCCUGCCCAUGGAAGCAGGGGACACGGUCUGCAUCGACCUCGUCACCGGCAAACUGGCCUUCUCUUCGGAACCGCUGACCAUCUUCAGCGGGAUGCUGCUGUACGAGACCACCUGAUCGGACGCGGGGUCGAUGUAACCAGUCUCAAUCUGUCUGCUGGACUGUGAGAGACAGAGCCACUGGCUGGAACAGAGACUGAAAUAACUGGACUGGAUUCAUUCAGCAAGGACAAAAAAAACUUCAAAUUUGACUUCAUGUGCUAAAAAGGAAGGACAAGAAAAGUAUUUUCUAACCACAAUAAUUUUUUGUUUGUUAGUUUCACAGCUUUAAGGAAAAUAAUUUGCGCCAAUGUGUUUUUAUUCUAUGACGUGUUGUCUUCAGAAACAAGAAGCCACUGCAGGGUUGUCUUAUAAUUCCAUAUUUCAUGCUGUUCUACAAACUUGAAUUCUUUACAGAUAACACGGAGAUAGCCCUCAGGUCUGUCUUGUGUUAAGGAAAGGACAUUAGCUUUGAUGAUAAAAGAUACAA